AUGGUGAUUGUUGGUCGUCAAGGCACAACAAACAAUUUGAAGAGGAUGUCAGGCAUCUCGAAGCUCGAUUCGUCGUUUCUGCGUCGGAAAAUCACCUCGAACAACAGUUAUACGGAUUACGCGUACCGCGAGGCGAUGAAUCGUUUGAAGAAUUUGCUGUCAGAACCGUAUACUCCUUCAGCGCAACUCACGACGAUCUAUCAACGUCCGAUCUACGAGAGUUCCUUCGCUGCCUCUGACACGUCGCAUCACGAUCAUCACACAUUUCCGGGUCGCCCGUCGUUGAAAGAGCUCAGCAAAUACUUUCCCGGGACCAAUAUUGUACGUGCCACGUGUUAUUCCGCACCAAAUCACUCCACGGACAAACCAAUAAUUCACGAAUUGCCAUCGGGAUCGUGUAAUGUCGCCUCUUCGAGUCACUGUGCUCCCGUUUCGACCUCGAACGACGCCAAUCAUCAAGAACUUUUGCGCUUUAUUGAACGUCAGGAGAAUUAUAUCAAGCAAAUGGAACGCGAAUCUGACACAAAUCGCGAGGAAUUGAGCUCCUUGAAGUUCAAAGUGCAAGAAUUGAUGCACGAAAACGAAAAUUUGCAACGCAUGGACUCCGAUUCUGAACGAGAUUUCGGCAAAUCAUCCACUGUGGUCAUGCUGGAGUCGAAAGUAGCAGAUUUGGAGGCUAAAUUGUCGCAAGAAAAGUUGGAUGUCAAACGUUUGAAGGAAGAAAACGAAAAUUUGCGUUCGAAAAUUGCAACGGGCGCUGGUUUGGAGAUCGUUGAAACCUACAAACGGAAAUGCGAUGAAUUGAUGCGAGAUAAAAACCGUUUGCAGGACGAUGUCAAGCGAUUGGAACAUAAAAUCGAGCAUAUGCGCACUUACGAAAGCAACUUGUACUCGAAAAAUUUGCGAGAUCGCGAUUUUGGAGAGAAAACUUUCGACAAGAGUCAACUUGAAAUCGAAGUUCGUCGCUUGAAGGAGGAUCUCGAAUACCAAAAAGAACGUUAUGAAAGUCUCCAACAAGAAAUGACGCGUCGCAUUGCAGAGGAACGUGAAGCUGCACUUCGUGGAUGCACUCAUCAUAAAUUCGAUCAUCAUACAAGCAGCGACGAUAUUGGCGCCAAAUGGGAGUACACUUCGAAGCUUCAGUUCGAAAUUGAUCGUCACAAGCGUGUCGAAGCCGAUUUGAAACGCGAAAUAAGUCAGAAGAACUUGUAUAUCGAUGAUCUCAAGGCCGAGUAUCGUCACAAAAUUAAAAAUUUCCAAUCGGAGAUCAAUGAGUUGCAUGCCAUUCGUGACACUCUUGAAUCGGAAAAUAAUCAUUUGAAAUUGCAACUUGAACGUCAAGAUCGUCAAGCUCAGGUAGAAGCAACGCGUUUAAAUAAUGAAACUGCCUCGUUGCGUUCACGUUUGGAUCGUGCGGAUACGGAUUUGAUGCAUGCGCGACGUGAACAAUUGCGACUCAAUGAACAAAUUUCCGCUCUUGAGAAGGAGCUCGCCAUUAGUGAUGCAACUCGUGACACAAACAAUCGUCCCGAGUUAUCUCGCAUCAUCAGCGACAUGGAGCACAAACAUGCAUCCACAGUUAAUGAACUCGAGGGAAUGAUAACGAGUCAAAAAGAGCUCAUGGAAAAACUGACCGCCGAAUGUAAAACUUUGACACAUAAAUUAGAGGAUACCACGUUAAAACAUAAAGAGGAAACAAAAAGUCUGAGACAGACAAAUAUCGAACUAAUGGAUCGCUUAAAGCAGCUUUGGGAAUGCUAUAAAAGUAUAAAUCCCGUUUUCGAUCCUGUCGCUGCCGCAGCUUCAUCAACAGACACGCCAAGUCUCACAUCGACGACAAUCAAUCCCGAAACACAGCACAAUCACAUCACACCAUACUCUGACAUAAUUACAAAACCUUGCAUGACAGCCGCUUCUUUACUCGCUAAUAGCAAUCAAAAUCACGAUCAGCACCCCGAAUCUUCUUCUAAUAAAUUUCUCAUAGCAUCUUCGAACGAAACCGUCGAGGAUAUAAGUUCCAUUCAGAGCAAUUUACAAACCUUAUCGAAUAAAUUAACGACAAAUCCUUCCAUCACGUCUGCGCCUUCAUCUUUGCUUGCACAAUCAAAUAUUCUCAGUAGUCUUAACUUAACGAGUAACUUGAAUAACUCCAAUAAUAACGUUAGCCAGGACAAAAGUAAAAUUGAUAAUCUCUACGAUAGUAUUAUAAGUACGACAGUUGAUAACAUGUCGAGUCUCAGUCACUCGCUCACGAAUCAACUGAGUGCCAUCAAAGACACCUAUUCGCUUCCAAUGACGUUCUCCAAUGUCAAUUCGUCUAGCAAUUUUGAGCUUAGUAAUGCGCAAGAUGUGGUCAAAGAACCAACUACUUUUGAAGCACCCGCAGCACGUUCCAUCGUCGAACAAUCACCGAGAAAAGCAACAAAAUCACCCCUCAAACGCAUCGAGAGUCAAUCAUCAAUUCGCGCCCCAAGUCCUGCCCGCGAAACCCUCCAACGAUUCAAGUCAACGGAAUCCAUCCAGAGCGCUACGGGCUUCGAGAAGCCCUACAGCAAACAAGAGGAAUACGGAGGAAUGGAGAAACGCGAUACGCAUGACGUGGCCUUUGAGGAUGGGAGCGUUAGCAUCAAGAACGUCGUCGGGCGUCGCGGAUCAAAGUCACGUGCUGAGCUGGAUCGACGAUAUGAAUCGCCAACGCGAAAAGAUGUCGCAAAAACGUACGACGCGGGACAAGAUUAUUCGCAAGGACAGCAAUUCUACACUCAACAACCGCAGCAGCAGCAACAGCAACCAGAUUACGGAUACGAAAAAGCCGAAGACGACAGCAACAACAACAACAGCAAUUCUAUCAGCCUCAAGAACAGCAAAAACAACAGCAAGAGAUAUGGAUAUGAGCAACAGCCACAGUAUCAGCAAGCAACAAGUCAAGGUUAUAUCUCGGAUCAAAUCCCACAGCAAUCCGGAUAUCAAAUUGAUCAAAACGAGCAACAGCAUCAACAACAGCAGCAGCAGCAAUAUCAAGAGCCACGAUAUGAAAAUGUUUCGUCGCAGGAGCAACAGUAUCGAUCUGACUACGGCGGAGAGCAACAGCAACAACAAUUCCAUCAGCAGCAGUAUCGAGAGCCCGAAUACACACAACAACAAGUCCAAAUGCAACCAGAACAGCAAAUUCAACAACAGCAAUACAUUCCCGAGUACGAGCAUCAACAACAGUAUCAGCAACCCGAAAUGUCUCAACAGCAGCAAUAUCAGCAACCCGAAAUGUCUCAGCAGCAGCAAUAUCAACAGCAACAAAACGUUCCUCAAUCGCCACGAACAUACGCCCAGCAAAACAUGUCUCCAAUGCCGUCAUCUGCUCUCGCGAGCCAAUACACGGACUUCGUUGACACAUCAGGCUACGUUGAAUCGCGACAGAGCCGCGAUGCUGAGGGAACUAUGUACGCAGCACCAACGGGAAGCAUCCGCGACAGUCCAACGCUUGAUCGCGCAAGGCAAAGCCCAACAAGUUUCCGGCAGCAAUCUCCCAUCGGAGGAUCGCCCGUUAUCGCGUUGCAGCAAAAACAGCCUUCGCCUCAAAAGGAAGUCGUCAUCGCCCCAACCCCAAUCGCCGCAACAAUUGCUAAAAAAUCUCCCUCGCCUCCCGCAACGACAGAAGUCGUGCCUCCCGUCACCCAAAUUAACCAAACAAUCCGCAAAGAAGUCACAGCUCCAACCACGUCAACUGCAGCGCGACGAGGCACAAGACCGCCAACAUUGCGCUCCGUUAAUGCACGAACUCGGGCAGCCGCGGCGAGUGCACGCGGAGGCAAUCGAUAG